GUGUUAUUUGUCAUAAUUUGCAGUUUUAGAUAGUUCUUGGGUUCUUCAUCCUUGUUGCUGUUGUUGAGAAAUGGGGCAGUGUUGUGGUAGAGCUUCUAAGGAUUCAGAUCUAGGAGGAGGGGCCAAUGGCUACUAUCAAAGGUCAGUACCCCCCCCUCAACAACACCCCAAGCCCUACCCCCCCUCCCCCUCCUACCAACACCCUCAGCCCCCGCGGAGACCCGCUACGCGCCCCUUCCCCUAAAAAACUUCCCUCCGACCCCCGCCCCGCCGCCCGCCGGCCCCCAUCCCGACCCCACCAAAACCUGUCCACGCCCCCGACACCAUCCUCGGAAAGCCUUACGAGGAUGUUCGCCACUUCUACACCCUCGGAAAAGAGCUCGGCCGCGGCCAAUUCGGCGUGACCUAUCUGUGCACCGAGAAUUCCACCGGCCAGCAGUACGCGUGCAAGUCGAUCUCGAAACGCAAGCUCGUGAACAAGACUGAUCGCGACGAUAUCCGGCGCGAGAUCCAGAUCAUGCAGCACCUGACCGGCCAGCCGAAUAUCGUCGAAUUCAAAGGGGCGUAUGAGGAUAAGAGUUCGGUGCACCUCGUCAUGGAGUUGUGCGCGGGAGGGGAGUUGUUCGAUAGGAUUAUUGCAAAGGGGCAUUACUCGGAGCGGGCGGCCGCGGCCAUUUGUAGGGCGAUUGUGAAGGUGGUGAAUAUCUGCCAUUUCAUGGGGGUGAUGCAUCGCGAUCUUAAGCCGGAGAAUUUCUUGCUCGCAACCAAGAAUGAAGGAGCUAUGCUCAAGGCCACUGAUUUUGGGUUAUCCGUUUUCAUCGAGGAAGGAAAAGUGUACAGGGAUAUAGUUGGAAGCGCUUAUUAUGUUGCUCCUGAAGUACUACGGCGUAGUUAUGGUAAAGAAAUUGACGUGUGGAGUGCCGGUGUGAUCUUAUACAUUCUUCUAAGUGGUGUUCCUCCAUUCUGGGCUGAAACGGAGAGAGGAAUAUUCGAUGCUGUCUUGCAAGGAGAUAUCGACUUUGAGAGUGAACCAUGGCCAUCUAUAUCAUAUGGUGCUAAAGAUUUAGUCAGAAAGAUGCUGAUACAGGAUCCAAAGAAGAGAAUCACUGCAGCCCAAGUUCUUGAACAUCCAUGGCUAAGAGAAGGUGGAGAGGCUUCUGAUAAGCCAAUUGACAGUGCGGUUCUCUCGAGGAUGAAGCAAUUCAGAGCGAUGAACAAGCUAAAGAAGAUGGCUCUCAAGGUUAUUGCUGAAAAUCUAAACGAGGAAGAAAUCAAAGGGCUGAAACAAAUGUUCAUCAAUAUAGACACGGAUAAUAGUGGAACAAUCACGUAUGAAGAACUAAAAACGGGCUUAGCCCGGCUUGGUUCGAAGCUCUCGGAAGCUGAAGUGAAGCAGCUGAUGGAUGCUGCUGAUGUGGAUGGAAAUGGAAGCAUCGACUACAUCGAGUUCAUCACAGCCACCAUGCACCGGCAUAAGCUAGAGAGAGAUGAGCACUUGUACAAGGCUUUCCAAUACUUUGAUAAAGAUAACAGCGGUUUUAUCACUAGAGAUGAAUUGGAAUCAGCCCUAACGGAACAUGGAAUGGGUGAUGCAGCAACCAUCAAGGAUAUAAUAUCAGAAGUUGAUGCAGAUAAUGAUGGAAGGAUAAAUUACGAGGAAUUCUGCGCGAUGAUGAAGGGUGGAGUUCAGCAGCCAGCUAAACUGAUGUAGCUUUCCUGUCCUAAGCACUUCUGGCUAAUCCUAAGAUGAAAUGCUGAAGCCAUUAAGAGAGGAAUUCAACAAUUCUCGAGGCCUCGGGAGUUAUGAAAUGGAUAGCACAAGUGUUAGAUUGUAUUUAAUUUGUAUUAUUGUUAUUUUUCCUAUUCGGUUGGAGUCACAAGUAUAACUUGAAUUAUGUAUGAUUCUACUAGGAUUGGGGUAUUUAGUUUGCUUCUGCUCAGAACACCAGGAAGUGGAGAUUGUCCUUUUAAAGUUGUUAUUUUUCAUUUUUGUAUGUUUCAUCCAGUUACUGAAGAGUGCUCUGUACCUGGACUUCAUUUUGCAUGGAGAAUAUAAAUAAGCUGUGAGGUUGGAAUGUGGUACAA